GUCUCUUUCGAUUUAUAUCAGAGAACCCAAUGGAGUCUUUUGAAGAACCUGGUCAUGUUAGUAAGGAGAACUUAUUAGAAGUUCCUUCUUUAAAUGAUUCUCCCUCAGAAGAUGAAGAUGUUAAAUCUACACAUCAACACCGCUUCUCCCCAAGUCCCCGCAGGCGGAAUUCAGAUUCUUCUGAAGAAAUGGAGGCAGAAGCCCCCGCUAUCAUUGCAAGAAAAGUUUCAUUUGCUGAUGCAUUUGGUUUUGACCUCGUAUCUGUUAAGGAGUUUGAUACCUGGGAAGUUCCAAUUUCAGCACCAGAUGAUGACUUAGAAGAUGAAGAUGUGCCGGUGGAGGAAUUCUAUUUAACUCCACUGUUUACUCCACCUACCACACAAGAUGAACUUUUGCAAAAAGUGCGAGCACAGAAAGUAUGGCUAGAGUCUGUAGAGUUUCUACCAGGGAUAACAUGUAUGAAGGGCACGAUUCGUGUUCUGAAUGUAUCCUUUGAAAAGCUGGUCUACGUUCGAAUGUCUCUGGAUAAUUGGCUGACUUAUUAUGACAUCUUAGGAGACUAUGUGCCUAAUUCUUGUGAUGGUGAAACUGACCAGUUCUUGUUCAAGAUUUCAUUGGUUCCUCCAUAUCAGAGAGAUGGUGCAAAGAUUGAAUUCUGUAUACGUUAUGAGACAUCAGCAGGAAUAUUUUGGUCAAAUAAUGACAACAAGAAUUAUAUUUUGACCUGCCACAAAAAGGAAAGCACAUCAGCACCAACUCCAUCAUCACCACUGGAGAAUUAUCCACUCCAGGAAGAAGUUACAGAUAAAUAUAUCAAAGGCUGCUUAAAGACAACACCAAACAGUAAAGAAGAAAUGUUAACAACCGAUGGCGAAGACACAUGGAAAAAUUCCAGGACUUCAGAGCCAGACAUCCCCCAAAUCCUUUAUUCACAUGUGGAUGAUAGUGAAAUUAAACAAAGGAAAGAAAAUGUAGUUGAACAUGUGGAACAAACUGAAGAUGAUAACGAAAAUGAAAAAGAAUUAGAACUACUGCUAGGUGGGGACUUCAGUAGAACGAGUGGGUCUUCCAGGAACGAAAGAAGUUUGUAUACAACUGAGCCAGUUAGAUUUCAAAAUAAACCACAAGAACUGGGGAAAAAACUAGACUCUGGUUUGCUUAAGCAACCUUUGCCUAUAAGCUCUUCAUCAGAACAUGGUCCACAAGACAAAGAACUGUACAGUAAACAAAGAUAUUCAACAGAAAAUUAUUACACUCAAUUAUCACCAGAAAAAUGUACAGGAUUAGACUCAGCAAUCAGUACUGUACAAUCUUCAGAAUCAUUUAGCAUCUGUGAAACAUCACUACAGGAUUGGUCUGGAACAAAGGAAAAGGAGCUUCUCCAUAUUACAGAGGCUUUCUUAGGCAAAUGUGAAGAUGUUCAAAAAGAUGAAUCUGACAAUGUUCCAGGAAGUCAAACAACAGAAAGAUUGUUUAUCGGUGAUGAUGAUUAUGAUGACCAUAAAAAAGUAUGGGAGACAAGACCCAAAGCAAUUCCAUUUGAAAACAAUGAAGGAAACCAAUUAAAAGGGAAAUUUUUGGAAGAACUGGAUGACAAUCUCAAACCAUUUGGAGAACAACACAUCCAAGAAACUUUUCCCCAAACUCUUGAAUCAGGUUUAGAAGGCAUUCUCAAACAUGAACCUCAAGGGAAGAUGUUUGAAAGCAAAAACCAAGUUCAUGGAAGUGGCGAGUUAAAUACCAAUACCUUAGCUGACAUGAAUGUUACAGAAUGUUCCUUACAAAGAGCGCAUACAGAUGAUGAGAAUGUAGAAGAAAAAUAUAAGACUGAAUGUAUCAUUGACAAAGGAAAGGAAAUCAAGUUGAGCAUUUUAGAACAAUUUCCAGAAGCAAAACUAGGUGAUUCUUCCACCAUGCAUAUAAAACAUGUUGCACCAGACAUAGAUAAGCUAUCCAAAGGAGAAGCAAAGAUGACUUUUAGUGUGCUAGAAGAAGGAAAAGAGGGGGAAAUUCAUGAAUCAGUAGAGCCAGUGCCUCGAAAUGAUGGAGGGAACCUAAGCAUAAGUAACAAAGAAAAAGAAAUAAUAAGUUCUGUUGUGGGUGAAUUAUGUCAGGAAAGAACAGAAAGUAAGUAUCUAGAGGACAUUCAGAAUUCAAGCAAGUUCUGCAUCAGUUGUCCAGAUUUUGUAACACCAAUGGAAGAACAAGCCGCUACACAUCCUGCUUCAAUAAACAUAGAGGAUGUGUUUGAUAGUGGAGAGCAUUUAGGAAAGGAAAAAUACAAUAAGAGCCAUGACCCAGCAAACAGAAACAUUUGGGAGACUAAGCCCUCCCAAAGUGAACCUGACAGAGUUAUUACUGAUGAUCAGAGAAGUCAGAUCAACUGGGGGAAUCCAAGUUCUAGUGGUUUAGAAAGUCAACUGUCAGAAAGAGAAAGUGAAGCAAAUAAAAGAGUGCAGAUGAAAGAGCAAACAGGGGGUGAAGCCAUGUGGGGAAUAAGAGAUACUACACAAUGUUUGAAUGUAACUCCCACAGAUGAACUGUUUACCUGCCAAGACCCAGUGAGACAUGAAGAGACUUCAGUAGCUGAGCAUGAUAGUACAGGCGAAGCAGAGGCAGUUACAGCUGCUUAUAUAAUUAAAACAAGAUCAGAAAGUACUCCAGAAAAAAUGUCUGCUAGUGAAAAAGCAGUAAUUGUUCCGCUACCUCAAGAGACUGUACUAAGUGACAGGCCCACAGAGGAGAGGGAAACAGUGUUUGAUAUACAUGAAGGGAGAAAUGAUGGUUCACAUUAUCCUCUUUGUCAAUGCAAUACAGUGGGUGUAUUAUAUGACACCAAAUUUGAAAAGGAGCCCGUUUCAGAUAUUUAUAAUGCAUACGUACAUGAAACGGUGCAUGGAGAAAUGAUUUCAGUGUGUGGUACAAACGAAACGCUCACUAGAGCAGAACAGAACACUGAAAAUGAUUCCUCAUCAGGUAAAAUAUUAUGGACUUCUUUCACAGAAGGCAAAGCCAUUUGUGGACAGGAUUUAUCUGUGGAAAUGUCUCCAAGUGCUUCACAACAUCCUCUACAGGGCAUAUACAAUGAAGAGCCUGAAGAGGGAAACAUCUGGAGAACUUUCUCCCAUGUUGGUUCCAAAAGUGAAGAGAAAAUAUCUCCUGCUGAUAUAAGUAUUGUGGGAAGCUUCUAUGAAAGUUCCUCAGUUACAUCUUCUGAAGGAUCUCUGGCAACUCAUGCUGCUGAAGGAGAGAAAGUGCUGCAACCAUGCACAGAUGAUCUAAAUAUUUCCUUGGAGUGCAAACCCCCUUCUGAUGAUAACGUAGAAAGAAGCACAGAAGCUCAGUUUCCCUUUCAGCCACCAUGCAACCAGGAAAAUCUGCUAGGGCCAACCAUUUUAAUUAGUGAACCCACUGAAGAAAGAGAAGAGACAAGCUCAGAAUCGGAAGGUAUAUUGCCUGAAGAUAUUAAACAGCAAACCGAAAGCCCUGUCUUUGAUCAUGGAGUGAUUUCUGGCCAGCAAAGUGAAGCUUCUAGUUUGCUGUUGGAAUCUUUAAUUUUAAAACAUAUUGGCUACAAAAUACUUUAUUUCCUCCUGUUUGUUGUGUUUUGUGUAACUUUGUACCACUAUGAUUUCAUAGUUUGCUUUGCCCUCUACUUAUUUUCCCUGUAUUGGCUAUACUGUGAGGGUGGCAAAAACAAAGAAUCUGUGAAGAAGGAGUAGUUCUCCAAUACCUACAUAAUAUUCUUAAUAUGUAAUAUCAAUUGGUUCCCCCAUGGCAGCAGUGCUCAUCUUUAGAACCAAUACACCCCCCUCCCUGGAAACAUUGCUUACAAGGAAUGUACGUGAAGUUUUCUCCUUCAUAUAAGUAAUUAUUCUACAUAGGACCAUUAAGGACCUCAUUACACUUACCAAUUUAAGUGUCCUAGGAUGCUUGCCAGCCAGUUAAGGGACGGAUGGGCACAUAGCCCAUCACACAACUUUCAGCAGAGGCCCCACCCCCCGUUGGUGUGGAAGCAUCCUAGGACAUUUCCCUAUCAACAUGGGAAGGCUGUUUGGGCGAUGCUUCCCUUUUGCGAUGGGGGAAGUGGUGCCACGCCAGAGCAGAAUACGGGGCUAUAGAGUCACCCCAUGCAACUACUGUUUGCCACACUUGCUGGCAAAAUGGCAUGGGGAAGAGGGGCACAUGUAAUAAGGUCCUAAGUUUGGAUCAUUAAAUGCCUAUAUCAAUAGGAGUUCUGGAGCAUAUCAAGUUAAAAUUAAAUGCAGCUGCUACUCCUUAUUGGGUUAUGAAGAUGUGAAGCUCCCGUCUCUUCCGAUUUUAUUACAUCUACUUGUGUCAUCAUAUAGCUUCACUUUCUGAGUUUUCUUUUUUUUUUAAUAAAAUGAUUUUGUAUAGCUAGUACAUAAAAAGGGAAUGGCAUUAUGACUAACUCAGUAAUAGGGCAUGUUCAGUCAGGAUUUCCUGCACUGUAUAUUUGUCAGGUUAGCACAAAUGGAAGGAGUAAAAGUAUUGCACUAGCACUCAAAUCAUGUAAAGUGUUCAUUUACCAUUCCUUUGUGUGGACAAUGCCACCUAUGCCCAUCCCACCACUGUCCUAUUCUGUCAGGUGGACAAAUGAGAAUUUUUCAUUGAGUGGGCAGGAAUCUGUGUCACUGAAUUGGAGCUCUGCUCUCCAUUCAAACUAUACUAUGUGCAUAUGCCAUAUUAAUAUUGACCAUGGCCACAACCCACAGGGAGGUUGUCCUAUGCAUGCACCAAUUAAAUGAAUGGGAGUCAUGAAAGAACAUAUGGAUUAUGCCCCAUGUCUUGAAUGAUCUAGUAUGAUUAACAUGCCUAGAUACAUAGGAGAAAUCACUUUGUGGUUAAAUAAACUGCUGUUUUUCCAAUAUAACGAGUUAUGUCAGUAAUAUUACUCUUAGCAGUCAAUGUAGCAAUUAUGAUGUAUGUGUUUUAAAUCAAAAGACUAAGCAGAACAAUCAGGCUCUCAUUCACACCAGAGAACAAAUGGAUUGAUAUAGUCCAGAGGAUACAGAUUGGUUGUCUUCAGAUAAUGUUUAUAUUUUUGUAAAUGUUUAACACUAGGGAAGAAUUUCGCUGAAGUUUAGUGUCUUUUUUCCAAGUUGGACUUUAUGAAUUAUAUUGUUUUGAUCAUGUUGUUUAAGAAAGGCAAGCUCAGUGAGCCUUGAAUAACAGUAAUAAAGAAAGUUUGAAUGAUUUGA